AUGAAGGGGAAUGCCGCAUUGGUUACGGGUGCAGCCUCGGGGAUCGGGCGAGACCUGGCACUCGCACUGGCUCAGCGCGGGGUGGCGGUGACGGUGGCAGACAUCGACGCGGCAGGGGCGGAGGCGGUGGCCCAGGAGAUCACGCGGCAGGGCGGCGCGGCGCUGGCGGUGCGCUGCGACGUGGCGGAUGUGCGGGAGCAGCGCGACGCCUUCCAGCAGCAUUGCCGCCGCUUCAACCGCCUGGACUAUGCCCUGCUCAACGCGGGCAUAGGGGAGCAGGGAGACAUGGUGUUUGGCAAGGACGGCGCCUGGCAGGCCACGCUGGAUGUGGACCUGAGGGGGGUCAUCCAGGGGGUGGGGCUGGCGGCGCGGGCCAUGCUGACGGGCGACCCAGAUGGCAACGGCGGCGGCAGCGGCGGCAGCAGCAAAGGAGGCGUCAUCAUGAUCACUGCCUCAGCAGGCGGAGUGUACCCCAUGCCUCUCAGCCCGGUGUACGCUGCGGCCAAGGCGGGCUGCGUGCAGCUGACACGCUCGCUGGCGCCGCGCCUGAUCAAGAAGGGCUUCACAGACACGGCGCUGGUGCGGGGCAUGCAGCAGGAUGCGGCGCUGGCUGCGGAGGUGAUGCGGGACACCCAGGGCCGGCUGCUGAGCGUGGACAAGGUGACCCAGGCCGGCCUGGCGCUGCUGGCAGACGGCUCCAAGGUCGGCACGUGCCUGGUGGUGCUGGUGGAUGGCAACUGGGUGGAGCCGCAGCGCACGCGCUUCAAGUCAGGCGAGCCCGCUGUGCGCGCUGUGGUGGUUGUUGUGGAGAUGCCCUCCAGCGCAGCGGCGGCGCGUGUGGACCCCGCGCUCCGCGCCUGGGCCACCGCCGGCGGCGCCGCCCCCGGCCUGCCGACCGCCGCCACGCGCGUGGUGGAGGUGUACCGCCUCUCCUCAGACUUCCGUGCCGCAACCCGCAUCGUGCGCCGCCCGCUGCCGGCGCAGCUGCCGCCUGGGGCGGUGCUGGUCAGGAGGCUGUAUGCCGGCAUCAACGCCAGCGACGUCAACUUCUCUGCCGGCAGGUACUUUGGGAGCACAGCGGCGGCGGAGAAGAAGCUGCCGUUUGAGGCUGGGUUUGAGGCGGUGGGCGUGGUGGCGGCGGCGGCGCCCGACGUGCAGGGCAUUGCCGUGGGCCAGCCGGUGUGCACAAUGACCUAUGGCGGCUUUGCUGAGUGGGCGGUGGUGGGCGCCCGCCACGUGUUCCCGGUGCCGGAGGCCUCCCCCGAGAUGGCUGCCCUCAUGACCAGCGGCCUCACAGCCAGCAUAGCCCUGGAGCAGGCGGGGGGGCUGCGCAAGGCGCAAACGGUGCUUGUGACGGCGGCCGCGGGGGGCACCGGACAGAUCGCCGUGCAGCUGGCGGUGAUGGCCGGCUGCCACGUCAUCGGCACCUGCAGCGGCGGCGACAAGGAGGUGCUCCUGCGCUCUCUGGGCUGCCACCGGGUGGUCAACUACCGGCUGGGUGGAGGGCUGAAGGAGGUGCUGAAGCGGGAGUACCCUCAGGGAGUGGACCUGGUGUGGGAGUCGGUUGGCGGCGAGAUGUUUGACGCGUGCGUGGAUGCCCUGGCGCCGCGGGGCCGCCUGCUGACCAUCGGGCACAUGAGCCAGUACGCCGACGGCUGGGCCAAGCGCCCGUACCCGGGCCUGGCCGAGAAGCUGCUGUGGAAGAGCGCCACCCUGCAGGGCUUCUUCCUGCUGCACUACGCCUCCCACUGGCGCCGCCACCUCAAGAAGCUGGCGGGGCUGUUCCAGGGGGGGCAGCUGCGCGUGCAGAUGGACCCCAAGCGCUUCAUCGGGCUGGAGGCGGUGCCCGAUGCGGUGGAAUGGUUGCAGACGGGGCGUUCGGUGGGCAAGGUGUACGUGCAGAUUGCGCCGCAGCUGCCGACGGCGGCGGCCAGGCCUCGGCUGUGA